GAUCACGAUCACGGUUAUUGUAUUGUGAGAUUCGUGUCAGAGUGACAGUGUCAUUAGGGUUCAGCUCAGCCAUUCUAUAUUUCAUUUCUAUCCUGACGCCGUUCUUUUCUCUACUCUUCUCUUCUGUUGUGUUCUUGUAAGAAAGUUAAAAUGCAAGGAGGAUUGCGAGUGUUUUUAUCACAUGGGAAUGUCGUAAAAAAUGCUGUGUUGCAACGAAUGCGCAUCGUGAACCCCCUAUUGCAGCCUGUAUCCUUUUCACGGUAUGAGUCUGCUACACCUGCUCGUAUUGAGGAGCAUGGUUUUGAGAGCACCACCAUUGAAGACAUCUUGAAAGCAAAAGGCAAAGGUGCAGAUGGCUCCUGGCUUUGGUGCAACACAGAGGAUACUGUUUAUGAUGCUGUUAAAUCGAUGACCCAGAACAAUGUUGGAGCUUUGGUUGUUGUGAAACCUGGUGAGGAGAAGUCAAUUGCAGGAAUUAUAACGGAAAGAGAUUACCUGAGGAAGAUCAUCGUGCAGGGAAGAUCAUCCAAGUCCACAAAGGUUGGAGAUAUCAUGACUGAAGAGAACGAACUUAUCACAGUCACCCCUGAUACCAGAGUUCUUCGAGCAAUGCAACUGAUGACUGAUAAGAGAAUCAGACACAUCCCUGUCAUUAAUGAAAGUGGGAUGAUGGGCAUGGUGUCCAUUGGGGACGUGGUUCGAGCUGUGGUUGGCGAGCACCGACAAGAGCUUGACCGCUUGAAUGCUUAUAUACAGGGAGGUUAUUAGUCUUUUAGAUGAUGAUGACAAUCCCUGAAGGGCACUUAAGCUGACUUGGAUCAUGUAAUAAGCUUGGGUGCUUGUAAAUAUGUUUUGGCUUUUGUGUAAUUUCAGAUUUCAGUUCUAUGGACAUUAAAGCUUGGAGUAGCUUGUUAAUAAUAACUACCGGAUGCAGUUUGAAUUUCAUUUA